UAACAACAAAAUCCCCAAUUUCCCCGUUCGAGUUCCAAGCGCUAGGGUUUCAGUUUAUUUUUCAAAAAAAAAAAAAAAAACUCUCUCCUCCUCAUCCUGUCUCGAUCUCAAUCUCGAUCUUCAACUCUCCAAUGGCGAUGCGGGCGUUCUACAACGAGAUCAAGGGACUGAAGGUCCGCGAUCUCCCAGGGCAUCUGAAGCCUCGAUUCUCGUGGACCAACAUCAAGAAGUCGGCGGAUGAAGCGGUGGAUCGCUACAUCGAGAAGUACAUCGAGACGAGCUCCGUCGAGCCCCUGUUCCACGUCUGCAUCGGAGGGAUGAUCUUCUCCUACCUCGUCGCCCUCCCGGAGGAGCGCCGCCACCUCGAGCACCAGCAGCACGCCGCCUCUGGAGGAGGCCACCACUGAUCUCCUUCGAUGCAUGCAUUUCAGGUAUUAUUCCGUUGUUGCUGGCUGAAAUCAUCACCAAAACAAUGUUAUUUCUCUAUGGACAGCUGAAAUAAAUGAGUCAUCUGGUCUAUCGUGUUGAACUUCUUUUCAUUAGUGGCCUGUGUGCUACUAAAAUACAUAUUUAAUUCUGGAAAUAGUUUCGUACUUAAUGCUUUUGUCGUUCAAUUGUGGAUUGAUCUGCUUAUUCUAGAUCACCUGAACUUCUUACGAGGCUCAGCUUGAUUUUUGCUUCCUGGUGUGUGUUGACUUCAGAAAUAAGUUUUUUGCAAUCUGGUUGUUGAUUCAGUUU